AUGCAAGGAGUAUCCCGUUUCACGCAAGUGAGGGACGAGAUUCGAAGUUCUCUCCUACGUCAGCGAUCGAAGAUUAGAGACGCCGCCGCGUUUGCCAAGGAAAGUAAAAUAAGGUGGGCCGGAUACGUGAUGCGCUUUAAUGACAACCGUUGGACCAGAGCCGUGAUCGACUGGGUUCCCCGCGAUAUUAAGCGCACUACAGGAAGACCGCCGACCCGAUGGUCAGAUUUCUUCACGAAGUCCUUCAAAGAAAAAUAUGAUGCUUUUCGUGUCCCACGCGAAAGGAGGAACCACUGGGCUACUCUGGCACACGAUCGGGACAAAUGGAAGAAUUACUGGCGCCCGCUCGACCAGUUCGAAGAUCAACGGGAGUCAAGGUGA